CCAUCAUCUGCCCGUUCGUCUCUUACCAGUCUUAAAAAUGAUAUUCUCUAUAUGAAAGCUCUUCGAGAGGGACCUCAGUUAAUCCAAGACAUCAAGUCCUUCUACACAAAACAACUCAAGGUUGAUAAUCCUGAAAUCAAAAAGCUAUUUAUGAAUAGGAAAUAAGUUCGUUUUCCGAAUGAAUAGGAGAGGAGGGGUUGACCUAAAGUCAGACCAGAACCAGUCUGUAAGAAUAAAACCUCGAGUAACCUCCCUUAUGGAAAAAGACAAGCAACAGCAGGAUAGACUCAAAGAGCUCUCUAGAGAUACUACAACCUUCAAUGCUUCAAGGUUAAGACUUAGUAAAAGCAGACAUCACCAGUCUUAUCAAAGCAUUUACCAUACUCAGAAAAGGCAAGGAAGGGAGAAGACUCCUGAUGCCAACCGAUAUGGGCAGAUCAAGAUUCUCAGAAAAUUUACGAAGAGGUACAAAGAUAAGGAGGCUUCCAAAGAGGUAUAACUUACAACCAGAUCAGGGACAACAUUCGGACAGUCAAAAUGUCUAUCAAGAAGCACUCCAAGAGCGGAAAAAAUAUCCUCAAAAAGAUUAAAUCAAACCAUCUCAAGAGGAAAGAUAGCUCCUCAGCGGAGAGAAGCCCUGAGUACAUUAAAGGAGAAAUAUUCUUCAAUCCAAAAGGAAUGUUUCAACUCAGGAUUAACCAGUUCAGAGAAGUUACAACAGCUUCUCCGUAUAAAGGAGAAAAUAGGAAAGUCAACAUAUCCCAGAGACUUUAUGAUGCAUUGAAGGACCAGACCUCGAAGAAUUCACAUAGCAAGGAAUAUAGGAAAAGCUUGAUAAAAUAUAUCAAAAAUGAUAUCAACCCGAUCAAUAGAUCAGCUCUUUCACUUGAUAUUGACUCUGACGAUGAAAAGACAAAGAGAUUACUCAAGGAGUAUAAAAAGAGCAUUAACAAAGCCAUUGGCAGCAAGGAUUUUGUUACUAAUCUUUCAAAGCGUUUUCAAAACAGUAGAAGUGAUAAGAAUUUAUAAAGGGAUU